AUGGCCGCCGAUGAAUAUACGAUCGGGUGGAUCUGUGCGCUGCCGAUUGAAAAGGCCGCCGCCCGUGCCAUGCUGGACGAGAUCCAUAAUACACCACCAGCUAUACUACGGUCCGCCUCGGACAAAAACAGCUACACCCUCGGCCGCAUUGGUCCUCACAGCAUAGUCGUCGCCAGCCUCCCGUCUGGUGUUUAUGGCGAGACACCGGCUGCAACUGUCGCUGCCCAGAUGUUGGCCUCAUUCCCGUCGAUACGAGUCGGUGUCUUGGUCGGUGUCGGUGGCGGGAUCCCAGCGGACACGAAUGGCUACAAUUGCAGCCGGUUUGUACGCACUGGGGCGCUGAACAAGCCCCCGCUUGUUCUCCUUAAUGCCUUGGCUGAGCUGGAGGCGGAGCAUGAAGUGGACGGGAGCAAAGUACCGCUACAUAUUGCGGAAAUGCUGGACCGGUAUCCCAGGAUGCGGUCGGAGUAUUCAUAUCAAGGAGCGUCCAACGAUAUCUUGUAUCAUUCUGGUUAUAGCCACCGUGAGGAUGAAGACGGUAACGAUCCAGCUUCCAGCUGUAGCUCCAACCAGGUCGUCAAGGACAGCGCGCUGCGGGACCGCAUUGGCGCAGAAAUCGGUGCUAUCUGUUUAGAAAUGGAGGCAGCAGGGCUUAUGGACAGCUUCCCCUGCAUUGUCAUCCGUGGAGUCUGCGACUAUGCCGAUUCCCACAAGAAUAAGCGCUGGCAGCGGACCGACCCAGGUCAAGAACUAAGGUUACGAAGGCAUACAAUCAAGCACAGGGUCUACCUGAAUGUGCUCCCCCUAGCAGAGGGGGCUGCAUUCGACUCGUAUGAGAAUGAAAUGAGUCCGCACUGUCAUUCAGAAACUAGAAGAGAACUGCUCUGUCAAAUCAAUGACUGGUCGUGUGAUCGUAACGGUAAGAGUAUCUUCUGGCUCAACGGCAUGGCAGGAACGGGCAAGUCGACAUUAGCAAGGACAGUCGCUCGCUCCCUGCGAGCAGAUGGACGAUUGGCCGCAAGCUUCUUUUUCAAGAGAGGCGAAGCCUCUCGUGGCAAUGCCUCUCGGUUCUUCACAACAAUCGCAUCGCAAGUUGCAUCGAGCAUACCAGCAGCAACAGAGCACAUCCAGGAGGCUGUUCAGAGUAGCCCUAUGAUCGCGGACAAGGGACUCGGCAUCCAGUUCUUCGAGUUGAUUGUGCAGCCACUGCGCGCCCUGAAGAUACAGCUCGCUGCUGCCGCACCGGUAAUUCUCGUCGUGGAUGCAUUGAAUGAAUGCGAUGACGCAGUCCAUAUCAAAACUAUCAUACGGCUUCUCUCCGGUGAAUGUAUGAAAGAGAUUAACUUGCGAGUUUUCUUGACUGCCCGGCCAGAUACAGCGGUUCGAAUCGGCUUCCAUCAGGUUGCAUCCAAAGCUUACGACGGCAUGAUACUGCACGAGGUUGCACAAGAGACUAUCGACCAUGAUAUUCGCGUAGUACUCGAACAAGAAUUGCGCAAGAUCAAACAGAACUACAACUCCCUGGCUUCGUCAGCAGACGCUCUCUUAGCGGCCGACUGGCCAGGUUCGGUAGCUAUAGAUCGGCUUGUAGAGAUCGCGAGCCCGCUAUUCAUCUCUGCGGCCACCAUAUGCAGGGUCCUGAGCGAUUCAAGGUUCUUACCCCAACAUCAACUGGCCAUGUUGCUAGAGUUUCAGAGUGCCAGCCACGCUUCUAAGCUCGAGGUCACGUACCUCCCGGUUCUGGACCAGAUACUUGUCGGUGACCUGACGAGGCGAGAGAAAGAAUACUUGACCGGGGAGUUCCACCGUGUUGUGGGUUCUCUUAUUAUUCUAGCGGAGCCCCUAUCCAUUACUCACCUUGCGAGACUCUUGUGCAUUUCAAGGGCCCGAGUAGAGACGAGUUUGGCUUCUCUACAUGCUGUGCUUAGAAUCCCCGCAGACGAUGGCCCUGUUCGGCUUCUUCAUGCCUCCUUUCGUGAUUUUUUGCUCGACGAGCACUUGCUUGAGAAAACUCCUUUGGCUAUUCAUGCUCCAACAGUGCACAACUACUUGCUGCAGCAUUGUCUUCUUUGCAUGUCGAGAACAACCAGCUUGAACUCGACCAGCUGUUCAGAAAAUAUAUGCGGCUUGGCGGCGCUGAAGGGCUUAGAUUCAUCUCUGGAGCAGGAUAUAGUUGGCAGGAUAUUGCCAAGCGACCUGCGUUACUCUUGUUUGUACUGGGUAUACCACUUGAAACAGGCAAAUAGGUCAAUUCAAGUCGGCGACCACGUUCACAGCUUUCUUCAAACUCACUUUCUAGACUGGGUAGAGGCCUUGGGAAUCCUAGAUCGGCCUUCUGAAAUCUUGCAGGCGGUGCAAGUUCUGGUUUCGCUUGUUGAAAAGACGAGCAAAGGGAACGUACUAUCAGAGUUCCUUCACGAUGCAAGACGGUUCGUCCACAGCCAUAAACCUGUCAUUGAGCGAGCUCCGGGUAUCUUGCAUUCCUCCGUCCUUUUCCUGCCGCUACGCAGCUCAAUCCGCCAAAACUUUAUCUACCAUUGUCCGGGCUGGAUUUGCGCCUUACCUGAGGUCCCCCAGGAUUGGGGCCAGCCCACGCUGCACGUGGACGGCUUUGCUCUCAACUGUCUAGCAUUUGCCGAAGAUAGUAGCAAGCUGGCUUCAGAAUUCAGAGUAUGGAACGCAAUUUCCGGCGACGUCUUACAUGCAGUUGCUCGAUACAAACCUAAGUCUACACUGGGUCCAAAACAUGACUAUCAAUACGGCAUCAAGGCUCUUGCCUUUAAAUCCGCUCACGAACUUGCUAUAGUGACACGUGGAGGCCAACUCCAAAGCUUCAAUCUCAUUACCGGUGAUAGAAUAGAACGUACCCUAGAUUCGGCUGUACAUACUGCGGUGUUCUCUGGGGACGCAAACCGGUUAGCGUUCAUCGGAUGCUCGAAUCCCUUCAAAGUAUCACAGACACAGCCAACCGAUCCAACGGUUGUUGUAAUAGACAACGUCUCAGGCCAAGUCAUUCUCCGGCUUCCCAAUAUGGGCUACCCUCUGCUGAGUUUGUCCUCGGAUGGGAGUACCUUAGCAUGUUGCGUACUGUCCAAUGCCGAAAGCACAGAAACUGCUCAUGUUAAAGUAUUCGACCUUACAAAAGAGAAUCUUCGUUCCCAUGUGCGCGCACCCAAGGUGAUCUCGGUUCCAUUCAUGUAUGUGUCAAUGAUAACUUUGUCCCGCAACGGCCAAAAGCUCGCCAUCUUUGGUGAAGAAGCAAAGGCGCCCGUAGUCCUAGUUCUGGACAUCGGCAAAUACAAAUACGAGCGCUUUCUGCCCGUAUUGGCCAAAGUAUCAUGCAUGUCCUUCUCACCCAGUGCUGAGACACUUACAAUCGUUCUGGAAAAGAAGGAGUUCCAUCUAUAUGAUCUGGCCACGGGCGAGGCGCAAAUGAUACGAAAGCAUUGUCGCCACGAUUUUGUUGUCUUUGCGCCGGACGGACUAAGAAUCGCCACAGCUCCAAGGAAGGCGAACGGGAUUGAGGUUUGGAAUUCUUUGAUCAACCCCGAAAGCAGUCUGCGGCCGGGACAGCGGCCAACAAGCUCUCCCAAUCAUUUCUCUCCGCUAUCAGCGUUUUCAUCGGACGGCUCAAUAGCUGCGACGGCACAGCAGAGCCAAAGAAACACGCUUCUACUUGUGGAUGUUUAUAGCAAGCAAAUUCUGCAUAAAUUACAAGCGUACGGGGUGCCCGAGGCUGUUGCGUUCUCUGCGGACAGAAGAGUCGUCGCAGCGAAAACAUUCUUAUACGACAAUAAUGAAGCAGAUAAAAGAGACAAAGAAGGAGACGGAGGUAAAUUCACAUUUGAGGAGCUCUUUGAUGAUGACAUUGUCGUUAUCGAGAAAGACUUCGCCGGUCCCGACAACCGGCAUCCGUGCUGGCUGGAGGUGUGGAAAGUUGGCUCAAAUUCGACCGGGACCAGGCCAACACCGCAAUUCAAGAAGGGGUUCUCAAUGGAAUACCGCGAGGCGAUAUUUGCAGUCAACGCUACUGGGACACGGGUGGCCUUUGCACUUUCUCCUGUCGCUGGCAUCGCACGAGAUGCCGACUUACGCAACGCCAUGAUCGUGGAGGAAUGGGAUGUAGUCAACAGGGAACUACUUUGCACGCACACAAUAGACCAGUCCUUCCGGGUGUCCAAGCUCGAAUACACAAUAGACGGGGCCAAUAUCGACCUUUUCAACUACAUUGAACUCUGGCCUCAACUACCUAGCUGUCCUUCGACGACGGCCAUCAAUACUACAAUACGUACACGUAUUAGGGCAUGGCAAACUGGACAAGGUCCACGAGUCAGACACCCCAAAUGGCGUGCUGAACAACAGAGCUUCCCACGGACAGGCAUCUGGGUGACGGAAGACGAGGCAUGGAUCCAGUACAAUGGCCAUAACAUUCUUUAUAUCCCCGGGUAUCUGAGACCAAUGCAGCAUGUCUACCUUGGAACUUCGUUUGAUGCGGUGUGCGUUGAGCAUUGGGGUAGUGAAGUCGCGGUAGUUGGCUGGGUCACCAUUGAGGGCCUGUUGACUACUUUUCAGAUUGACCUGGCCAGGUUACGGUUAUGUCUAGCUGGAAUUAGUCAAGGUCAAUAG